AUGUCGUCCGCUCGAGUUCCACCAUCUCAGCAGCCGGAGUUUUACGGUCCGGACACACCGACGUUCGAUCUGAGCUGGGACUACAACUACGACAGUACGCUGGCUGCUCCACCGAACAAUGUGCCACCCGUCGUGCACAGUGGCGAGAAUCGAAUCAUCACCGCACAACCACAGACUCAGCUUCAGAGUGAACGUGAUGGUGUCAACCUACGAAUAGUACCGCCCCAAUCGGGUGAUCAUAUACAAUCCAUCAACAGUCCGUUCCUGACGCCCUUCUCACCCCGUGCCGGGCUAGACUUUCUGUAUGGGCUCCCGUCCGUGUUUAUACAACAGAGUUAUGAGCUUAAUGAAUUACUAUCGGGCGUUUCAUCGGACAAUCGGUUUACAAUAAGAGGACCGUCGAACGAAGCACUUUACGGUGCGUCGGAAACGUCCGACCCGAAGGACCGUUUCUGGGGCUCACUGCGCCCGUUCAGUCUAACGCUGGUGGACCGCAGCCAUCAGGAGGUGCUGCUGUUUAAGAAAAAUCUCGGCUGCGGUGUGUUCUGUUGCUUCUGCAAGAACCAGUUCCUGGAGGUGUGGGCCAGCCCGGGCGAGCUGAUCGGGUGCAUACAGCAGGACUAUGGCAUACUGUCGCAGGAGAUCAUUCUCAUGAACAGUGAUAUCAACACGAUGUUCCGCAUACCGAUCUCGUUCGUCAAUGCGAUACGGAUGCCGAAGGAGACACACUUCCGGGUGCUGGACCGCGAUCGGAUGACGCAGAAGGGUACGAUCACACGCGCGUGGAACGUGAAUACGGCGAGCUACACAAACAACGUCUACUAUUCCGAUCCGACGAUGGACGUUAAGUUUAAGUCGCUUUUCAUAGCGGCAGCCUUCAUGUUGGAAUAUCUAUACUUUCAAUCAAAUUGCUGUUAA